AUGGCUGAUCCACUCUCUAUCGCGUCAGGGAUUGCUGGGCUGCUUUCAUUCGGCAUUCAAGUCACCCAAUCUUUGGUCAAUUUUUACACUACCUACAAGGACCAAGACGUCGAUCUAGCAAAGGUUACGCAGAAUCUCGACAACCUUCAGAGCAUCUUUCGAGCCCUUGAUGUUGCAGUAGAGGGACGCCGAUCGCAGGCCGACAGCCAAGAUCUUCUCCGGGAAGUCGAAAAGGCUGUCCAGAAAUGCGAGGAGAUCAUCUCCGAGCUGCAGAGCGAGUGUGAGAGAUUCCACAAGGAUGCGGCCGCGGCCGCGGGUUUAAAGGAUCGCGUUAAGGCUGCUGGGCGUCGCGCGGCCUAUCCAUUUCGGAAAAGUACUCUGCAGAAGCUCGAAGAAGACAUCAAUGACAUACGCGAAAAUCUUUCGUUUGCACUCGACGUCCUGCAGCUAAAGAGCCAGAGUCAGAUUCAAGAUGGGAUAUCAGAGGUCAUUUCACUUGUCGAGCGAAUAAAUGCUAGUCAAAUCUCUCUCACGAUUCGUUGCUGGCUUAUGGCGCCUGAUGCCUCUCUUAACCACAACGCUACGUUAGCGAAAUGGCAUCCAAGCACAGGUCUUUGGUUCAUCAAUGGCCAUCGAUUCCGGAUGUGGCUAGAAGAAUGCAACUCCUUCAUAUGGCUAAAUGGCUUUGCAGGAUGUGGCAAGUCGGUCCUUUGCUCAACCACAAUUCUACAUACGUUUCGUCAGAUGAGCCAUAAAUAUGGAGUCGGAAUCGCGUUUUUCUACUUUUCUUUUACCGAAGAGGCAAAGCAAGAUGAUAAAGGUAUGCUACGCACGUUGCUAUUACAGCUAUCUGUACAGCAACAAAACGGCGAAAGAGAGCUGGAGCAAUUACAUGCAUUAUAUGAAUCCGGAUCUCCCCCAGUGCAUGCGCUGCUUGAGUCACUACGGCGCCUCCUUGAUAGAUUCCGCUAUACUUAUAUUCUACUUGACGCAUUAGACGAGAGCCCUCGAGACUGUAAAAGGGAAGGUGUCUUAGAAGCGAUACAAGUGAUACGCAGUUGGUCGAUACCUAGUGUCCAUCUUUUGGUCACAAGUCGGAGCGAGCUGGAUAUCCGUGAAUCAUUAGAUCCUUCCCCUGAUCAAGAUCUUACAUUAAGGAAUUCGGAAACCGAUAGAGAUAUAGCAAACUUUGUCUCUUAUCGGCUUAAGGACGACGCGAAACUCCAGAGGUGGAAAUCGCGUCACGAAGAUAUUGAAAAGAAAUUGACAACAGGUGCACAAGGAGUGUUCAGAUACGUCGAAUGUCAGUUCAACGCUCUUCGGCGGGUGAAAAACGUGGAUCAGCUUGAUAAAUGCCUGCGCACGUUGCCUCGUGAUCUCGAUGAAACAUACGAGCGGAUCUUAUGCAGUAUCCACGAUGACUACGUUGAGGAUGUGCGGCGGGUCUUAGCUGUGCUUUGUAUCUCCACUAGACCGCUCACUGUUAAUGAGCUGAUCGACGCACACGCUGUUGACUUAAGUGAUCCGCCACACCUUCGUCGCGAUGGCCGUUCGUACGACCAAGAUGAUCUGAUCGACAUCUGCCUUGGGCUUAUCGAGAUCGUGGCCACGGAAGACGAUAACGAGCAAAAAGCCUUGACUGCUCGCAUAGCACAUUUCUCCGUUCAGGAAUAUCUUCAAUCGGACCGCAUCUUGCAACAAAAAGCAAAUUGCUUCGCCAUUCGAAGUGCGCCUGCAAAUACAGAAAUAGCCCGUGUCUGUCUCGUCUACCUUAUGGAGCCAUCUCUCUCUGGUGACUUACUAGAUGAGUCCAAGCUCAAAGAAUUCCCACUUGCUCUUUUUGCCGCUAUGAAUUGGUACCAUCACUAUGCAAACUCAAUUAAGGAGAUGCCCGAAACUGAGCAGCUUGUGGCUAGGCUAUUUCAAGACAAGACAAAGUCUUUCGCGACCUGGAUACGAUUACAUGACAUAGACCGGCGCGGAGCGCCACACGGUUUACAUCGUCCCAUUGCUACAAUGGCAGCACCUCUGUACUACGCGGCCUUACUAGGAUUAGCGUCUGUCCUGAACGGUAUCUUGCCGGUUGAAACCAAGGAAUUAAAACUAUCAGAAAUCGUGAAUGCUCAAGGUGGGCGACUUGGCAAUGCCCUCCAGGCCGCAUCAUGGGGGGGCCAUGAGAAGGUGGUACAGAUGCUGCUAGAUCAAGGAGCCGAUAUUAACGCCCAGGGCGGAGAAUAUGGCAAUGCUCUCCAGGCUGCAUCAUCAGGAGGCCAUGAGAAGGUGGUACAGAUGCUGCUAGAUCAAGGAGCCGAUAUCAACGCGCAGGGUGGAUUUUAUGGUUAUGCUCUCCAGGCUGCAUCAUGGGGGGGCCAUGAGAAGGUGGUACAGAUGCUGCUAGAUCAAGGAGCCGAUAUCAACGCGCAGGGUGGAUUUUAUGGUUAUGCUCUCCAGGCUGCAUCAUCAGGAGGCCAUGAGAAGGUGGUACAGAUGCUACUCGAUCAAGGCGCCGAUGUCAACGCCCAGGGCGGAGAUUAUGGUUAUGCUCUCCAGGCUGCAUCGUCAGGAGGCCAUGAGAAGGUGGUACAGAUGCUGCUAGAUCAAGGAGCCGAUAUCAACGCGCAGGGUGGAUUUUAUGGUUAUGCUCUCCAGGCUGCAUCAUGGGGGGGCCAUGAGAAGGUGGUACAGAUGCUGCUAGAUCAAGGAGCCGAUAUCAACGCCCAGGGUGGGCGAUUUGGCAAUGCCCUCCAGGCCGCAUUAUAUAGAGACCAUGAGAAGAUAGUGCCGAUGCUACUCGAUCAAGGCGCCGAUGUCAACGCCCAGGGCGGAGAUUAUGGUUAUGCUCUCCAGGCUGCAUCAUUACGAGGCCAUGAGAAGGCGGUGCAGAUGCUGCUAGAUCGAGGCGCCGAUGUCAACGCCCAGGGUGGAUUUUAUAACAAUGCCCUCCAGGCCGCAUCAUAUGGAAGCCAUAGGAAGGUGGUGCAGAUGCUGCUAGAUCAAGGAGCCGAUACUAACGCCCAGGGUGGGCGAUUUGGCAAUGCCCUCCAGGCCGCAUUAUAUAAAGGCCAUGAGAAGGUGGUACAGAUGCUACUCGAUCAAGGCGCUGAUGUCAACGCCCAGGGCGGAGAUUAUGGUUAUGCUCUCCAGGCUGCAUCAUUACGAGGCCAUGAGAAGGCGGUGCAGAUGCUGCUAGAUCGAGGCGCCGAUAUCAACGCCCAGGGUGGAUUUUAUGACAAUGCCCUCCAGGCCGCAUCAUAUGGAAGCCAUAGGAAGGUGGUGCAGAUGCUGCUAGAUCAAGGAGCCGAUAUUAACGCCCAGGGCGGAGAAUAUGGCAAUGCUCUCCAGGCUGCAUCAUAUGGAGGUCAUGAGAAGGUGGUGCAAAUGCUGAUGGACAGAGGAGCUGGUCCAGAUGUUAGAGAUUCUACAUAUGGGCACACGCCACUGUCGCUGGCAGCAAUGGAAGGGCACGAUAAUAUCGUCAAACUGUUGCUCGGUGCCAAGAAAAUUGUGGCCAAUGUGAAAGAUAACUGUGGUCGGACACCGCUGUAUUUUGCAGCCUGGCGCGGACGUGACACUGUUGCAAAGACAAUUCUCGUCUUUGGUUCUGUUGAUCCGGACCAGGGAGAUCAUUAUGGCUCAACGCCGCUAUCAAUAGCUGUACGAAACGGUCAUAUGGAGGUGGUAAAAAUGUUACUGGCUACGGGUAUCGUCUCUUGUGACUCUCACGAUUGUUUUGGACGGUCUGUGUUCUGGUGGGCUAAAAGGAAUGGGAACACGAACAUUGCGAAAAUGUUGACUGACUAUUCCAAGAAGCGGGGAAUACCAUUGUGUGAUGAAUAUGUUGAUGUGCGAGCAACACAUACUAUCGAUGUGGAAUUUGCAACGGAGGGGAUUUUGAUAUUUGUACGGAAUGCUAUGAGCUUGGAGGGCGUUGUUUGCAAAGCGGCCAUCGCAUGA